AUGUCGUCAGAUCACUCAAGAGAUCCAUGUCCAUAUGUUAUUUUAAAUGAUUUCGGUGGUGCAUUCGCUAUGGGUGCACUCGGUGGUACAGUCUGGCACGGUAUCAAGGGAGCAAGGAAUAGUCCACGUGGUGAACGUCUUCCAGGUAGUUUAGCAGCUAUAAAAGCAAGAGCACCUGUUUUGGGUGGUAACUUUGGUGUAUGGGGUGGUAUGUUUUCCUCAUUUGACUGUGCAGUCAAGGGAAUUAGACAGAAGGAGGACAGUUGGAAUGCUAUAAUCUCCGGUUUCUUCACAGGUGGUUGUUUGGCUAUAAGAGGUGGUCCAAAGGCUGCUUUCGGUGGUGCUGUCGGAUGUGGUAUUUUGCUUGGUGUAUUCGAAGGUGUUGGUGUACUCCUUAACAAGGCAAUGAGCGAUAUGGGUAAACCUCAGAUGCCAGCUCGUAUGUCUUCUCUUCUCGUUUAA